GCCAAUGAGGACGUGCUUUAAUUUCGUUGGCCCUCUAGUCCGGCAUUUUGUUCGCGUCGGCCUCAAACAAAUAAGAGCAAAGGGUUAAAAAAAGUGAAAAAACAAGCGGAGCUGUGAUAAAUUGGUGAGAGGCUCGCGGAAUAACAAAAGCCUGUCUAGGAGUGAGUGCAUCGACAAUUGAAGGCGGAAGUUGACAAAAGUGUCGCGCUAACCAAAGUCAGCCAAUGAGAGUUAUUUUUUUCGCCUGAAGGAGUGUUUUCCCCCCUUGCGAUAGAUAAUUCAUCGCUUCGUAGCGACGUGUUUGAUUGACUGGCAUUGUUUCUACGAAUAUCGGGUGUCGUUAGGGGAAUCGGUUGAUUGCGGAGCUCAUGGAUGAGUGUAAAUAGAUGCUCUGGAGUUUGAGGAAACUGAAUGAUUGAUUUUCACGGGGGUAAGAUGGAGGGCAAUAGUGAGCAGUCGAGUAUGCCGCCCCAGGAGGCACCGGUUAAUUCGGAGCAGGAGCACUCCGAGGAGCCCAUGGAGGAGUCCGAGGAGUACGGCUAUGAGAACGAGGAGUACAGGCCUUUUGUGCCACGGGGUCGCGGUGGCUUUAGUCCCCAUGACAGAGGCUUCGAGUAUGGCAUGCGUGGAGGUGGCCCACCGAGAUUUAGGGGUCGAGGAUUUGGUCCACGAGGGCCGAUGUACAGAGGCUCCAACAACGGCUAUCCUUACGAGGGUCCACCGAGGCCCAACUGCCCUCCACCCUCGGGACCAAGGUUCAGGGGACCUCCACCGUUCGACCCGAGCUGGGGACCCAUGGGGCCUCCCAACAUGAUGGGACCACCUAACUUGAUGGGGCCACCAGGAAUGCCUCCACCGCACAUGAUGAACGGACCCAUGGGCCAGGGCAGCCAUUACGGCCCUCCGGGGAUGGGCCCACCCAACAUGAACAGCAUUCCAGCUCAGCAAAAUCAACCCCAACAGAAUCAACAACAACCGAGUAACAUUCCAGGUCUGGAUUUAAAUGGCGAGGUAUGGGUGGAAACCAAGACACCUGAUGGCAAGUCUUAUUUUUACAAUAUUCGAUCUAGAGAAACAACGUGGACCAAGCCAGAGGGACCUAAUGUCAAAGUUAUGGUCCAAGAUCAGCUGGAGCAACUGGUGCACAGUGCAGCAAAGCAGCCAGGUCGCGACUCGACGGCGUCAGUUCCCCCGCAGACGCAGCCGUCGUCAAUCCCCGAGAGCCGAGUGGUGCAGCCCUCCGCGCAAACACCGCCGCCAGAGACGCCCGCAGCGACGACAGCUCCCCCGGGGACAGGUCCCCCGCCCCUGCUAGCCGAGGGCCCAGAGUCGCUGCCGCCGCAGCCCCAGCCAGCGCCGGAAUCCGUGCCCAACGGUGGAGUUCCCGUCUCCGCCCCCUCAGUAGCCCCGACGCCAGCACCCCCCACAAACAUGCUGCAGCCCCCGCCGAACAUGGUGGCCAUGCAGCACCGCAUGCCGAGCCAGUACGGAGCCCCAAUGUCAGCGCCAUUUGGUGCAGCUCCAUUUGGCAUGCCCCCACCAGGUUUCCAGCCCUUCGGAGGUUACGGGCCCCCUCAGGCCGGCUGGGGAAUGCCGCAGAUGCCCCACGGAGUGAUAGCCCCACAGACACCCUCAGAAGAUCCAGCAGUUCUGGCUCAGCUAGACUCCGACCUGGUCGCAGCAGCAGUUGUCUGGACAGAGCAUCGAGCCCCCGACGGCAGAUCCUACUACUACAACAGCAAAGCUGGUGAAUCCGUGUGGGAGAAGCCCCAGGCCCUGAAGGACUUCGAAGCAGCGAAGAAUGCCAUCAGGCAGAAAACAGAAGAGGCCAGUGUCACGACGAGCAGUGCAGCCCCUGGCGGGAGCAUCGACAGCAGCAAAACUGACAAGCAGCCAGAAGGGGCCAGUGAUACCAAAGAAACCACCAAGGAGGGCGAGCCCAAGGUCAAGAAGGAGGAGGCCCCCAAGGAGGCCAAACCCCUGGACAAAUCGAGACCCAUAUCCAGCACUCCUGUGCCAGGGACUCCCUGGUGCGUCGUCUGGACUGGGGAUGGCAGGGUCUUCUUCUAUAAUCCAUCGUCGAGGAUUUCUGUGUGGGAGAGGCCGGACGAUCUUCUCGGGAGAUCUGAUGUCGAGAAGAUGGUGACCACUGUGCCAGAGGCUCUCGGGGGGCAGAAGCACACCAGGGUGGAGGAGAGCAGCGACACUAGCGAUGAGGAGCAACCCACGCCUGCUAAAAAGGCCAGGCAGGAGGAAGCCAAAGAGGGAUCAGGUAUUGGAGCAAAGGAGGUGCAGGAGGAAGAGGACGAGGCCGAUGAGGCUGAGGAGAAAACGGAGAAGAAGACCAUCGACAUUGGGAAGGAGGCUGCCAUUGAGGCAGAAGUUCGAGCUGCUCGAGAACGAGCUAUCGUACCUCUCGAGACGAGAAUCAAAUCCUUCAGGGAUAUGCUUGCUGAGAAAGAUGUCUCGGCGUUCAGCACAUGGGAAAAAGAACUCCAUAAGAUAGUCUUCGAUCCAAGAUAUCUCCUGCUGACCUCCAAGGAGCGCAAGCAAGUGUUCGAGAAGUAUGUGAAGGAACGGGCUGAGGAGGAGAGGAGGGAGAAGAGGAAUAAGAUGAAGGAGAGGAAGGAUCAGUUCCAGAAACUUCUCGAGGAGGCUAAUCUUCAUGGAAAAUCAUCAUUCAGCGACUUUGCACAGAAGCACGGCCGCGACGAGCGUUUCAAGAACGUUGAAAAAAUGCGUGAGCGUGAGUCUCUCUUCAACGAGUACAUCUUAGAAGUGAGAAAACGAGAGAAAGAGGAGAAAACAGCGAAAAGGGAGCAGGUGAAAAAGGAUUUCAUUACGAUGCUGAGGGAGCACAAGGACAUCGACAGACAUUCGCACUGGAGUGACUGCAAGAAGCGGCUCGAGGGUGACUGGAGAUAUCGUCUCGUCGAUUCGGCGACAACGAGGGAGGAUUGGUUUCGGGAUUACGUGCGGCUGUUGAAGGACGAGAGGAAGAGGGAGAAGGAGAGGGACAAGGAGAAGGAUCAUCGACACAGGGACAAGGACCAUCACAAGUCGGAGAGGAAGGAUAAGGAGAGGAAGGAGGAGAGGAAGGAGAGGAAGGAGAAGGAUAAGGAGAAGAAGAGGAGGAGUAAUAAUUCGACUGAGGAGAAUGGCAAGGAGAGCAAGAAGGAGGUGGAGAAGGAGAGUGGAGAGAUUGAGGAGGCGGAGGAUAAAUUGACGAAGAAGGAAAAUGACAAUUACGAGAACGAUGAGCACUCGGAUUCUGAGGAGGACCGUGAAAAAGCCAAACGCGAACGAGAGAGAAGGGCUGAGGCUAGUCUUCGUGAGAGGGAGCGCGAGGUGCAGCGAACACUUGCGACACAUCUGCGUGAUAGGGAUAAGGAGAGACAGCAUCACAGGCAUACGGAGGCUGUGCAACAUUUCAGUGCAUUACUUGCUGAUCUGGUGAGAAAUGGAGAUCUAGCCUGGCGCGAGGCAAAACGCCAGCUCCGAAAGGAUCACCGUUGGGAAUUGGCCGAGAGCCUCGACCGAGAGGAGAAAGAGCGCCUGUUCAACGAGCACAUUGAACAAUUGGGAAGAAAAAAACGUGACAAAUUCCGCGAGCUUUUGGACGAAGUUGGUGCAUCAACUGAGCUCACAGCCUCCUGGAAGGACAUAAAGAAGCAACUGAAAGACGAUCCCAGAUACACAAAGUUCUCGUCGAGCGACAGAAAGUGUGAGAAAGAAUUCAAGGAGUAUAUAAAAGACAAGCUCGUUGCAGCGAAAGCUGACUUUCGUGAACUCCUCCAGGAGACAAAGCUGAUAACUGACAGGACGUACAAAAAAGUGCAGGAGAAUAGUGCGUCAUUAGUGGAGAUCGAGGAUAUACUGAGGAAGGACAGGAGAUUUUUGGUUCUCGAGGCGGCGUCACACGAGCGCACGCGACUGCUCAUGGGCUACCUCGAGGAAUUGGCACGCAGGGGCCCACCUCCACCACCCACUGCAUCUGAACCAUCUCGGAGGCCCACAACAAAUUAAUUGGACGUGCAAUACGUUAUAUUCACAACCCCGGAGACUCCACUAUUGACAUCAAAUGUUGAAAAUAAAUUGAAUGCUGCGGCAGUUCCACUGAUGUUCAGCAGAUCCAUUGUCAUGUGUAAUUCUAGGGUUCAAUAAAAAAAAUUUGAAAAUAGAGGA